GUCGUUGUUCCCUCGUUUUCCAUCUUUCCUCGUUCUCUCGUUCUCCCGAAAAAUUUCCCCUCACACAACUCACAUACCAUCAUCGACUCUUCUUUGGACUCUUGGGAUUUCGUGCAUUUUCAAAUACAUCGCCAAAAACCAUCCCCUCAAUUGUCGUGAUAUCUGAAAGUCGAUUUGCGCGUCUGGCGUCUGGCCCCAUCAAACACGACCGUGACCCGCGACCCUCUGUGGCCUAUUUUCGCCCUUUCCUCCAGAUCCCAGCCGCCAGCUAUUCUGAUUGUGGUUCCUUUGCUUCGUUGUGGGCCCACUUCCCUUGACAACAUUAUCCACUUCCCACAUCCUCGCUGUUUCUUUACUUGCAACUGGAUUGGGAAUUUGCGACCACGCGAGUACCGGCUUUAUCUUGCAAUACAUACUGUGCGUGCCGGCCAAGGCAUUUUUACUAACAGUUCCGCGACUGGCAACUUUUUCCUCCCUUCACUUCAGCUGCUGCUGUUGCUUUCUCUUGCCUUCGACCGCUCCUCGUGAUUGCGUACUAAGCAAGACCGAAAAAAUUAUCUUAGUGCUGCUUCAUCGCUUUUUAAUCCACACCCGCACCAACCCACUUCUUUUUUCCCUCCUUCACUCGCCUCUUCUUCUCACACCCACCCACUCUGAACCCACUCAACGUUACCCACCUUUUCAAAAACUGCCCUGACAGCUCGACCGUCUAGAGGAGACCGCGAGAAGAAAAAAAAUAAUACUUAAAAAGGUUCGGGACCCAGUUCUCCACUCUGUGCACCCUCUCCAAACCACUACCUUCAAAGAGGGACCUGCCACGAGCCUCAUCCUCCACCAUCCGGGAACAUCUUCUGCGGAGCUCUACAAGGCAUUGCAUUUGAUAUUGCUUUGCUCUCUCAAGUUUUGCAAAACUCCUAGACCCCUCCUCUCUCUCCCUUUCUCCGCAAUCCUCGACUUGGACUUGUCAUCCACCAAGGUCCAUUGUACCCCGGGCAGGUUUUUUUUUGCGUCGCGGUAUUCUAAACACCACGACGAUUGUCACCAGCUUCGCGUCUACCAAGAGUAGCAUGGACGGUCCUCACUACCCCUCCAAUGGUAUAAACACGACUUCUUCUGGUCAGACUUAUCCUUCACCAACCGCGAUUUCUCCCAACCAACUUCAAACCGGCUCUCCUCUACCUCAGACUCUGCCACCGCUGCAGCCUCCAACCUCGGCCAUGCAGAACAUGUACGGUAGUCACCCUCAUACGCCGCGAACCCCAGGCACCCCGAACACGCCUGGGUCGGCCUCCAACAUGCCUACCUACCAGCAGCAGACAUCGCAGCCCGCGAACCGCGCUGGUAUGUACUCAAUGGCCCAGAACCAAUAUCCUCCUCCCCAGGCUUAUGGCACCUCUGCUAUGAUGCCCCAGGCGACCACUGCCGCGUCUCACCCACAGCCUAUCGCGCCUGCUCCUGCUGGCGGUCGAGGUCCUCCUGUGUUGCGUCCUAUGCCCCCUGGAGGCAUCAUGUCCCAACCUGGUGUCUCGUCGCCUUAUGGUCCUGGUUCUCUUAUGCAGCCCACUGCGGUGAUGCCAGAGGGCGAGCCUCCCACUCACGUUGUUGGAUCUCAGGGACGACGCGGUAUUUUGCCUAGUGCUCCUGGACGGCCUGCUGCCCCAGCCGCUGGUACUGGCGCUAAGAACACCGUGAUUCCUGUCAAGGACGCAGAUGGCAAAUUUCCUUGCCCUCACUGCACAAAGACUUACCUCCAUGCCAAGCAUCUUAAGCGCCACCUUCUGCGACACACCGGUGACCGCCCUUACAUGUGUGUUCUUUGCCGCGAUACCUUCUCUCGAAGUGAUAUCCUGAAGCGUCAUUUUCAAAAGUGCUCUAUCCGCCGUGGUAACCCCACUGGAGCUAGUCACUUGUCGCACCCUCAGGCUCACGUUAAGAAGAACCAGCAGCAGGCUCAGAAGGCCGCCGGCCUCGCCCAUGAGGGUGACCUCAACCACCUUAAUGGCUUGGGCAACCUGCCUGCAGACAACAUGGUCCACCCAUUUGGCAUAGUCCAAGUCUCGGAUGGCAUGAACAACAUGGCCCAGGAUCAGAGCCAACUCUCUCGAUCCAGCUCGCUUGGUCGUCUCGACAACGGUAACAACGCUGACAGACGGAACAUGAACGGUCAGGUCAUGGGUGCCUCGCAGCCCUAUGGCGCUGAUCCCAACAUGAACCAGCAGCAGAUGACUGGCUACAGCAUGCCUCCCGCUCAGAACGGUCUGCCCAUGUACGGCGGCUCAAACACAAACCCUCCAUCUGGCCUUGAUUGGUCUCAGAUGUUCCAGGCUGGUGCGCAUCAAACCUACGUCAACACAUCUUUCAAUCCUAAUCUUGGACAGACUCAGAGCGGAAUCAAACCCGAACCUAAUGCCGGGCCCGGAACGACAGGCCCCAGCGCCAGCGACACCCUUUUGUCGAAUAUGGGAAUGCCAUCUCACCAAACCUCAUACAAUCUUCUUUCUGAUCAGAUCCUUAAUUUUUUCUAUCCUCCUAAUCAGGCCAUCGAUCCUUCUAGCGCGGGCAUGAAUCUCUACUUCUCGCCCGACAACGUCAAGGACUUCUUGGACAAGUACACUCACUUCCACAUCCACAUGCCUUUCAUCCAUGUCGCGACGUUUAAGGUCAUGGAGGCGUAUACUGGCUUACUUGCAGGCAUGUGUUGCAUCGGCGCCUGUUACUCAGACAAUGUCUCCUCGUCCAAUGUUCGCGAAAUGAUGGAUUUUCUUGUUGUCGCACUCCAACGCGACUGCAAGAUGAUGUCUAAUGUUGAAGCUUUGGCAGGGCAACUGAGUCACGCAUCUCGGGCUGAUAUUGAAGAGCUUCAGGCUGUCUUGCUAACAUGUAUAUUAUUACUUUGGAAUGGAAAUCCUCAACAAAGAGAGCGGGCUCGACAGAUCUACCCCUUUCUUGCAGCCAACGCCAGGCGACUGAAUCUUUUCCAGUCGUCGCGGGACCCUGCCUCUUUGUCGCCCCUUCACCAAAUCGAUUUUGACCGGAACACUUUUGAUUUGCAGCAAUGGAACUGGGAUACUUGGGUCGAUCAAGAGCGUCGAAAUCGUCUAAUGUUUGGCGUCUUUUUAAUGGACGUUGCCAUGGGACUUUAUUUCAAUUCUCAACCCUUGUUCGAUGUUAUGGAAUUUCAUCUACCUUUGCCUUGCGACGACACAGCGUGGGAUGCGGAUAAUGCCGGGGACUGUGCCUCUGCGCUUGGCCUCAAUGGCGAUGUUGCCGCUCGCGAUAAGAAUCCUUAUGGCACUCAGCGACCAAAACAACCUGAGAUGGACUGGGCUCUCAAAGCUCUGCUGCACCCCUCUUAUCAGAUCCAGCCUGGAAGUACGAACCUUUAUGGAAAGUUUGUUCUUAUCCAUGGCAUAUUGGCUCUGAUUCGGCGGGCCCAAAUUGACGGCAAUGCGGCUCAGCUGUCCAAAUUUGGAACACCUCCUCCCAAUGAUUGGAUGACUCCAGCCGGUCACAAUAGUGGACGGGGUACUCCUGUGGAGGGGGCGGCUGCCAACGUUGACCCACAAAGUCUGCAGGCACUUGUUAUCGCUCUGAGCAAGUUCAAGAAUAAUUGGGAUGCGGACAUGGCCAAUCAGUUCCCGCCAACAUUGCCGGGAUCCAGCAAUCCUCGACGGCACGGGUUUUCGCGAGAUGGUAUCCAUUUCUAUUGGCUCUCCAACUACUUGCUCAAGCACACGCAAACAGCGGACUUACGGUUGUCGUCGGAUGCACGCUUUGUCCAAAUUAUUCAAUUAUUGAAGUCGGUGAAAUCGUGGGUCAUGUCAGAUGGCGCGAGCAGAGGAGAAGAAUUAGGAUCUGUUGGAGAGAUUGAUGAUCAGUAUGGAGCAAUGGAUCUCACAUUAGAGAUGGCAAAACUAUUCAAACCACUUCCACAGGUGGUAGAAGACGCUGGCACUGCGUCUGUCAAGACGGAGCUUGACUAAGGGAAGGCAGUAUGAAUUUCUUACACAACCAAAAAAAAGUAUUAUAGGGGCGGGGGCUGCAUCUGGAGGCGUUGCGCUGCAUUCUGCUUUGUUUUCUUCAUUUUCUUUGUUUCCUGGGUCACUGGGUUUCACCAAUGUGAUGGUCAUCUUAAGGUAGACCGGAUUGGCCUCACACAUCCAUGGUUGGCACUGUUGUGCAAUGCAUUUGUCGAGAAUAGACGGGAAGAGGAGUUGUAACUGCAUAUUAGACUUUGAUCAAGAUAGAAAGGGAGGUCUAACCGGUUGAUGGUCAACCGGUAGACCAUCAUGACUUGAUGGCUUGGAGCAGGUUAAUGAUGUUUGCCUAUA